UCAAAUUAAAAUACUAUAAGUUUGUAAAAUAAAUACUUGGAGUGGCUUUCUUGUAGUAAAGUAAUUCGGUCACUCUAAUUGCCGACUGCGGGAAAAAUGAAUAGCGAACUGAAAGCCAAGAUCGAGAGCUGCGCACGCACUGCGGAUACAUUCACGAGGCUUUAUUACGCCUCCGUAGACAACCGGCGCCAUCAAAUUGGUCGCCUGUAUCUAGACAAUGCCACAUUCAGCUGGAAUGGAAACGGAGCCACUGGCCGUGAGAUGAUCGAGCGUUAUUUCUUGGAGCUGCCCACAUCCAACCACCAGAUGACCACACUGGACGCGCAGCCUAUUCUUGAUCCAGCAGUAGCAAAUCAGCUGACCUACAUAAUUAUGUCCAGCGGCACCGUGAAGUUUGCACAAGAGCCGGUCCGAAACUUUCAGCAAACGUUCAUCGUGACCGCCGAGAACGACAAAUGGAAAAUCGCCUCCGACUGCUACCGUCUGCAGGAGGUAAUGGUCUAAGGCGGCAAAAGAUUACUCAGUUGUUAUAAUUAAAGCUAGGCUAAAAUUCAUUAA